GUUCGUUGAGAUGAAAAACAUAUUAUCCAAAAAGCACUUCCCUUAAGGUCAUUUUUCUUAAGCUUCCGCCUAAUUUAAACUUAAUUAAUGCUAAUUAUACAUCAAACCAGCUGAACGAAGCCGUAUCAAUAAAAAUGUAAUAAGAGUGAAUGAUUCCUUAAUAGGCUACGAGUGCUGAAUUGGGUUUGGCUAAGCAAAAUAAGAGUUAAAUAAGAAUCAAUCAAUGCAAAUACGAAUCAUCUCUUCAAGAUAUGUUGCCAAAGAGAGACGAAAUUUAUAAGUAAGAAUUUAAAUAAUUGAAUCGUAGAUACAGAAGGAGACCUUCUCCAUCCAGAAAUCAAAGCAAAAGAGACCUAUUAAGUCAUUCAGUAGAUUUUAUUAAGCCUCCACAUGUCGAAAGAGAUUGUUCGUUUAAUAAUUUUCAUAAGAAAACAAGUUAAUCUGGAUUUUAUAAGAGACCCUAAGUCUCCAUUUCCUUAACCAGAAUGAAAGAAAACGAAGCUGCCAACAGAAUGUUCGAUUAUUCCAAUAAGGAAAAUGUGAUUUACGACCUAAUUAACAAGCAAAUACAAAGAAAUCCAAUAACUGGCAAUGGAUUGCCCAAUUAGGGUAAAACUGGGAUAAAAUGCAAUCCUUCAAAGAGAUCCCAUAUGGAUGAAAUCCUAUUUUAAGUAAGUGUUAUAAUUAAGGUUUAGAAUAGGGAUUUGAAUGGGAGAAAGAAGUGGGAUAUUUAAUUGUGA